AAAAUAAAUAAACGACCGUGCAAAAAAAAUAUUUUUAAUCUUCUUUCAUAUCAAAAGCAAAAUAAAUAAAAAUACACUUUAUUUGCGCACGAGCAGUGCAUACUCAGAGCAGAAAAAAAGCAACAAAAAAAAAACGAACAUUAACCAACCAAGAACAAACCAGAGAAUCUUGUUUUCUCCACUGAUUUUUUAAAGUCUCGUGGACGUGGUCGUGGAGUGUUAUUAUAUUCCCUCAGAUCGAUUAGUUUUGGUCCAAGUAUCGGAAGAUUAAAUCAAACCAUUCGGUUCGGAUAAUUGAAGAAAGCAUAAUUUGAAUAACUUUAAAUCCUUUAACUGAAAAGCCCUUCGAACAAAACAAUCAAACAAGAUUUUUAUUUUUUUCAAUAAAAAAAUAACACGGUUCCAUCACUGCAUUGUAUUUUUUGUGCAUGAAUACAUAUACGUUGCUUAAUUUGUAGAAACAAAUUAAAAAAUCAAGUUUCCCACGCUCUCAAAACAGAUUAUAAAGUAAUCUCUUGAAUUUAAGAGAACAAAAUUACAAACUAAAUUAGAGCACAAUGUUCCUAAAAAACUCUGGCCCCACAUCAACAGUGGCGAACAAUGCUGUGCGCCGCUGGAAAAGCUCAUUUCAUCAUCUCAAGCAACAAGAGCAGCGGCAAAGUAUUGCCACUGCCAGUCAAGGAGGAACUUCGAAUGUGUGUGGUGUAUCAUCCGCGAGUUCAUCGUUGCCUUUAAAAUCGCGUCUUUUGUCUUCAUCGCCAUUUACGUCAUUUAAUUCUCGUUUAAGUUAUAGAACAAACUAUACUUUGGCUGUCAAUCAAAUUCCUUCAAAUAUUAAUAACGCAAGAGUUGAAUCAAAACGCAAAAUGUCUUCAAAGUGCCUUGCCAUCGAUACCAUUAACCCUAACUUCAUUGCUAUGGAGUAUGCGGUCCGUGGACCUUUGGUCAUUCGUGCUGGAGAAAUUGAAAAAGAACUCGCAGCGGGAGUAAAAAAGCCAUUCACAGAGGUCAUUCGUGCCAAUAUUGGUGAUUGUCAUGCCAUGGGACAGAAACCAAUCACUCAUCUUCGACAGAUGUUGGCUCUUUGCUGUGACUCAUCUCUCUUUAGCCAUCCAGACAUCCCACAGGACGUAAAAGAUCGUGCACAACUUUGUUUGGACGGUUGCCAAGGAAAAUCUGUUGGUUCUUAUUCCGAUUCAGCUGGUAUUGAAGUCAUUCGUCGUCAAGUUGCUGAUUACAUUACUGCUCGCGAUGGUAUUGAGUGCAGUUGGGAAAGCAUUUACCUUUCUGCUGGUGCCAGUCCUGCAAUCAAAAGUGUUCUGUCAAUGUUGAACUGUCCAGUUGAUGGAAAACCACCAGCAACUUUGAUUCCAAUUCCUCAGUAUCCUUUGUAUUCUGCUACUUUGGCUGAAUACGGUAUUGGACAGGUUGGUUACUAUCUAGAUGAAAGCACCAACUGGGGUUUGGACAUCAAAGAAUUGCAACGAGCUGUUGAUGAAGGCCGAAAGACACAUGCAAUUCGUGGUAUUGUGGUCAUUAAUCCUGGUAAUCCAACGGGUCAAGUACUGACUCGUGAGAACAUUGAGGCUAUCAUUAAGUUUGCCCACAAGGAGAAAUUGGUUAUUUUAGCCGAUGAAGUCUACCAACACAACAUUUACGACAAAAACUCAAAGUUCCAUUCGUUUAAAAAAGUUUUGAUGGAAUUAGGUGCUCCCUACAAUACCUUGGAGCUGGCAAGUUUUAUGUCAACUUCCAAAGGAUACCUUGGCGAGUGUGGAAUUCGUGGAGGUUACAUGGAACUUAUUAAUUUCUGUCCUCAAGUUAAGGCAGCACUAGUUAAAUCAAUCACAGCCUCAUUAUGUCCUACAACUGCUGGUCAGGUAGCUGUUAGUGCACUUGUGAACCCACCGAAAAAAGGCGAUGCAUCCUAUGAUUUAUUCGUCAAAGAACGUGACGGAGUCUUGAAUGCAUUGGCAGAAAGGGCUGCUCUGGUUCAUAAGGCAUUCAACAGUUUUGAAGGUUUCAGUUGCAAUGUAGUGCAAGGCGCUAUGUAUGCCUUCCCACAGAUCAAGAUCCCACCAAAGGCCAUUGAGGCUGCUAAAAAGAAGAACAUGCCUGCCGAUACCUUCUAUGCAUUCGAACUGUUGGAAGAAGCAGGAAUUUGCAUUGUUUCUGGAAGUGGAUUCAAACAACAACCUGGUACAUAUCAUUUCCGCACGACAAUUCUUCCACAAACUGAGAAGCUAAAGGUCAUGUUGGAGAAAUUCCAAAAAUUCCAUGCUUCAUUUAUGGAGAGAUAUAAGUAAAACCCUACUAUGUAGUUUAUAAAUUUGUCUUUUUUUAACUCUGUUAUAAAAUGAUCAUAAAAAACACAAUAGCUAUUUGCAACACAUUGUCUAAUUAAAUGUACGUAUGUAUACUCAUAUUAUAAGUGCACUGCUCGAAAACUAUAUGAGUUCUGAUAAGCACCGCAAACAAAAUAUAUAUUUUUUUAGGUUACCAUCCAUAUAAUUGUAUAUCUAUCUAUCUACCUUUAUUGUGAUUUUAUGUCAAACAUGUUAAUAAAUAUUUUAGUGUCAAUCGAAAUUGUUUGCUCUAUUUUUCUAAUUUUAAAUUUAUGUUGAUUAAAUUCUAAAACUUAAAUAUUAUUUAAUGUUAUAUUAAAAAUCGUGAUCACAUUAAAAAUAUUUUUUUUAAUAAAAGGCUGUUUUAGAAGAAUGUUUGUUUAAAAUAAAGAUAUAAUGUUAAGAGAGUUGCAAAA